AUGUUAAUAUUAUCAAAGAAACAUUUAACUUCAAACUCAAGUUUAACUUCCUCCUCUAAUUCGAACUCAAACUCACACUCAAAUUCACACUCAAAUUCACACUCAAAUUCACACUCAAAUUCACAUUCUGAUUUAAAGAAAAAACGUUCUUCUUUUCAUCGUGGAAGUUCACUUCGUUCAAGUACUGAUCUGGCUUCACAACGUCGGAAGUCUGUCAAUAUAGAUCAUAAUAAUAGUAAUGACCCAAAUUUGAAUUCAUCUAAAAAAAGACAUUCGAAAAUAAAAAUCAACCAUAACAAUAGUAAUAAUAAUACUAUAAUCGAAUCAAUAAAUGAAAUUGAGACCAGAAAUAAUACCGCAUCAAAGAAUAGGAAAAAAGCAUUAAAGAGAGGAAGUCUAUUCCUUGACGAAAAUUUAUUAAAAGAAUACAAUUUAGCAGUUCAACAUUUUAAUAAUGAUAGCAACACGAACACUAACAAUUCAAAUAAUAGAAGAGAAGAUAGUAGAACUCGGUCGAUCGAAUAUCCAUUAAGUGCAUCAUCAAAUAAAUCUGCUGGUAGUAGAUCAUCAAUAUUUUCAAAUGACAGUAAUUUAACAAUUCGUGAAUACCUAUAUGAGGAAUUCGAAAUAAUGGACAAUUUUAAGAGAGAAAAAGUGAAAAAUAAACUAUCUACAUCAAUGGUUAAUCAAAAUAAAGCAUUAUUCGUUAUCGAAGAUAAAGGAGGUGAUUGUAAUUGGACUGAUGUAAAUGAUGGAUUAGACUUCUUAAAUAACGAAAAACUAAAUACUCCUUUAAGGAGAACUGCAUUGCAAUUUAUUUGA